AUGACCGAACGCAACCAACGAACGCUCAUAAUUAACUCUCAACAGCUGAACCAGAGGCUGCUCCAGAUAAACGGUUCCAUCUAUCAGCCCUAUACGCAAAUUGUCGUGAUAGAUAGCAACUAUGGAGAUUGCAAUGUCGUAGAUAUCUGCAAAGCCAAAAUCAAUCCCCAGACAGGAGCCUAUCAACCCUUCAUUGACGGCGGCUCGUCAUACUCACGGUCUAUCAUUGACGUUGGGUACGGAACUACACCCUACAACACUUUACUUACAGUCUUGGAGAAAGUCGGACAGCCGAAGUUCAAGUUUCCCACUGGGGUUUUCGAAAAUGAGCCGGCCAAGUAUGACGAAGCGUUGGUUGAUAUGCUGCAGUUCUCGCAUAUAGAUGAGGAUCACUGUGGGAAAGAAAGCUUGGAGAACUACUUCAGCCUACAACCUGUUGUUCCUCAAGGCAAGAAAUCAAGACCCAGGCCCCUCAACCCCACAAGUCUCGAGUGUAAGGACCAUGAAGACUGGAUUAUUGGACUCGGAGAUACAACAGAUUUCCGAUACAUGUAUUGGUUCUAUUACCAACUAUUGGAGAAAGAACACGAUGAACCAAAGGACGAGGACUGGGAGGAACUGGCGGAAGAGUCCCCCAAUCCCACGUUCACUCUGGAAGUCCCAUAUAAAAACUGCCUUUACGAAGACGAUGAGGAACUGAAAUACAAGUACCUGUGCGUGCAAGCUCACAUCUGUCUUCAGCGCUGGGGCAGGAUGGGUGUUGUAAAUGACUGGCAGAAUGUCAUGUGCAAGAAGCGAAAUGGCAACAACGCAAGUGAAGUGCCAGUUCAGUGGGAGGUCAUAACAACAUACAAAGUCAAUGCACCCCCAGGACGGGACCCAGAUGACCUCAUAUACGUCACAUUACCACCUGCAACGCUGAAGAAGGCUCAAGGAAUCAACUCUCCUCGAGAUUUCGCAAGGAUAAAAGAAGCACUACGAGAAUUAGAAGUUGCAGGUCAGAACCAACUAUGGAAUCCUGUGCCACUGUUACCCAUUAGCUUUCCUCCAAUACAGGGGAGCAGAUUAGAUCUCGAAAAUGGGGAUAUGUGGAACGUCGAAUUUGUCGGUCCAACAGAAGAGCUUUACGAUCAACUUCGGAAAGAAACAGCCAUUGCACGAUUCGAGACAGCCGAGACAAGAAACGGCGGCGAGUUUGGCCCGCACACGGAGGCGUCAGGUCAGCUUGUGAAAGGCGAAGAUAUCAAGAACCGUGCUAGCAUCAUUACCCUGUUUACCAGCGAGUUCACGAAGCCAGAGUUCAAGAUGUUAUUCACAGGCGACGCCCAUGACCGUAGCUGCGACAUUCAAAAUACGGUUAAUUCAUUCCUUGGGAACUACACAGAUAUUCAGGAGGUGCACGUUUUGAAGGUUCCACAUCACUGUUCCGAAAUUACAUCAGACACAAAUUUCUACCGCGCCAUACGCGCUCGUGUGUAUCUAAUUUGGUCUAACAUUUUUGUACCUAGUGGCCAGCAGAAGAAACACGGCAAUCCUUCCCUUACUACACUCCGCGCGAUUGCGCAGGGCUUUGAAAAGGACCAAGACGACUAUGAUCCCAGCGAGAUUCCGGCAUUCUUAUUUUUCUCUGAUCCUGGAUCGCUGGAUCCUGUUACUGUCAAGAUCGGAGGGAUAGAAGUCAAGACAAAGUCCAAUGUCUGGCAUCUUCUGAAUACAGCUGCCGAGCGGCCGUGGGUGCCGGAUCCAACCAGGCCGGAUCCAGACCGAGAUGUGUACAACUACCGCUGUUUUAGACUUAGAAAAAAGGCCAGUGCAGGCAAUGAGUCUUUUGGAAGGGUGGUGCUUGGACAUAACCAAGGCGGUGGAUUGUCAGUACAAUUUACGGUGGCGACCCGCGACAACGAGCCGAACACGGAAAUGCUCAAUGACUGGGUUGAAAUGAUGCCGGCUCCAUAA